AAGUGCAGUACAUAACUGUGUCUCAUAUACGACACUUAUGUUCUAUAUAGGAUCAGUGUUUGUUAUUAAACGGAAAAUAUAAACAAAUAAAAAUGUCUGUGCCGAAGCGAAUGAACGACUCGGUGCAUUGGUUUAUGAACGAUCUUUCAAGUCGUAUCAUUGCGCAAACUGGAAUACCAAAUGAUAGAUUUCACCUUGGCAAACUGAUAUUUCAAAGUCUAAAGGAUGACCCGGAAUUUCUACUACAGAUUGAUGGAUCAACGGGUGAAUCUGAAACCAAUGGGUCGGUGUUAAAAAGAUCAAUUCAAUGUGCUAUUGCUCUGACAAAUCUUGGCUUAAAGCGGGAGGACAUUAUUGUUAUAAUGGCACCCAACCACAUCCAUUUAACAAUACCAUUCUACGCAUCUUUGUAUAUCGGAGUUGGAACUUCUGCAGUUGAUCGGACAUUAGGACCUAGUAUGUAUCCUUUUCUAUUAUCAUUUUUAUUCGAACUAAAGGAAUGUUUUGAAGUUAGCAGACCGAAAGUAAUAUUUUGUCAAAAUGAGAAAGUGACCGACGUCCAACUGGCUCUUGACAAAUUGGACCACAACGCGCACAUCAUAACAUUUGACAAUGGAGAUUAUCUAUUAAAUUAUGAAGAAUUCCUUCGGAAAUAUGGAGACGAUACGUCUGUUGAUCACUUUAGACCAUCAGACUUCGAUCCAGAGAAGACAACAGCUUUGCUUAUUGCCACGAGUGGAACAACGGGUCUACCUAAAUCGGCUACAGUUACACACAAGAACAUAGCUAUAACAAAUCCUUACUUAUGGAUAAAGGAAUCUCAAUUCCCCAGUCCGACGCGCAUGGUCUUGAUCUGUUCGCCUAUGCAAUGGAUGACAGCGAUCAUCAAUUUUGUUUUGUCACCAAUAAUAAGGUACACCAGACUUCAAAGCACUGAGUCCAUUACGCCGGAACACGCCGCAUACAUCAUCGAUAAAUACAAACCCACAUUUACGAUCAUGAGCCCAACACUCAUGACAACCCUGCUUAAAAAUGGCCUAGCAAAAAAUUGUGACAUGUCAUGUUUCGAACUAAUUUAUUUGGCCGGUAGCGCUGUUUCCAGGGAACUUCUUGAGGAUGUUAAGCAAGUCAUGCCGCAUACAGAAGUUCGGAACAUAUUCGGCAUGACCGAACUGUCAAGUAUCGCAUUUAUGCAAGACAAUGGACCGAUAGAGUCAUGCGGGAAGCCUCUUGGCUGUUUCCAAUAUAGGCUAGUAAGUCUAGAGACAAAGAAAGACAUUAUAGAGCCAAAUAUAUCGGGUGAAUUAUGGGUGAAUGGACCAGGUAUUUUUAAGGAAUAUUACAAUAAUCCACAAGCGACGCUGGAAACAUUCGCGGAAGAUCGUUGGUUCAAAACAGGAGAUAUGUUCUACAGAGACGAACAUUAUAAUUACUACUACGUUGAACGAAUAAAGUUGUUGUUAAAAUAUAGAAAUCAUCAGAUUUCACCGUUGGAAUUAGAGACCGUAAUACGGCAGCAUCCAGCCGUACAAGACGUGGCAGUGGCAGGAAUACCUGAUGCCGAAUGCGGAGAUUUGCCAGUCGCAUGCGUUGUUAUCCGCACAGGACACACAGUUACCGCUCAGGAAAUAAAAGAUUUGGUUAAAGAUAACUUAACCGAUACUAAACAAUUACGAGGCGGUGUGAUAUUCCUCAACGAAAUACCAAUGACGGCAAAUACGAAAAUUCACAGAAGAAAACUAAAGGAAUUGGUCCUUACUAUGGACAAAGAAUAAUAUAUAAUAGUAAUGUAUAAUAGUUUCCAUUGCCGAAACAGAUGUAUGAAAAGAUAUUCCUAUAUUUAAAAUAGAAAUAACGAUAUCGUUUUAGUACAUUAAUGCAGCAGGAACAGUUAAUACUAAAAGUAAUAAGCGUUAACCGCAUUCGAACGAAUGAUAUCCGACUCGAAGGAUCACAAACUAAAUUUAUUUUUGUUCACCGUACUAUUGCAUUUAUUUAGAUAUUUCUUUAUGAAUAAUAACGCUAAAUAUAUCUUAUUACUAGUAUUUCUUAGUUUGGCAUCGUUUAUUUUUAUGCACAUGAACAGUAGGUAAUAAAAAUUGUGAGCAAUUGA